ACAGCCCUGGCUGGACUGAUGGAGUCGGGGUUGGUCCUGCUUUGGCAAGUGUUGGACUCGAUGCCUCCUGAGGGUUCUUGGGAUUCUAUGAUUCUCCUCUCCCGCAUGAACUGCCCUCUCAUUGGCCGUCUCUCCUCCCUAGGACAGCUGCUACGACACAUAGGCCACAGCAUGGCCCUUGUUGGUCCAGAUAUGCCGCAGCUGAGGUGGCAGGGCGAUGCUCAAGCUGAAAUCGAACAUGCUAGAUUUUCCAAUGUGGUCAGUAUAAGGAUGGGUCGGGGAUGGGGGCUGACCCUGCGGCCGAGCGAGCUCAGAAAACCCCCAAGACCGUGGAAUCUCUCAAGGCAUUACCAGCAACGUUCAGUGAGACCGAUUCCCGGGGUCCUAACAAAGGGGAUUCCUCUGGGAGUCCGAGCAGGCCACGGUGGCAACAGGGGGGUGCGGUAGGAAAGAGAGCGAGUAAAUCUGACUGGGGCCGGCCGAAAAGCCAGCCGAGAGAGAAACCCCACCAGUGCCCUCAGUGCGGGAAAAGAUUUGCUCACAGCUCCCACCUCAUCACCCACUGGCGCGUGCACACGGGCGAGACGCCCCACCAGUGCGCCGAGUGCGGGAAGAGGUUCAAACACCGCUCCUCCCUCAACACGCACCGGCGCGUGCAUACCGGCGAGCGGCCCCACCAGUGCACCGAGUGCGGGCAGCGCUUCCGGCACAGCUCCCACCUGAGCACGCACCGGAGAGUCCACACUGGCGAGAAACCCCACCAGUGCGCCGAGUGCGGACGGCGCUUCCGGCACAGCUCUUCCCUGAGCACGCACCGGAGAGUGCACCUGGGCGAGAAACCUCACCAGUGCGCCGAGUGCGGCCGGCGCUUCCGGCAGAGCUCCCACCUGAUCACCCACCAGCGCGUCCACACGGGGGAGAGGCCCUACCGGUGCGCCGACUGCGGGAAAACCUUUGCGGGCCACUCAGCCUUCGCCACCCACCAAUGGAUCCACACCGGAGAGAAGUCCCACACCUGCACCGAGUGCGGGAAGCGGUUCCGGCACAGCUCCUCCCUCGGGGCCCACCGCCGAGUGCACACGGGCGAGAAACCCCAUCAGUGCGCUGAGUGUGGGAGGUGCUUCCGGCAGAACUCGCACCGGGAGAGCCCCUUCCGCUGCCCAGGCUGUGGGAGAGGGUUCAGCCAUGGCACAGAGCUCAUCCGACACUGCAGGAAGGUGCCCGUGACGUUCGCGGACGUGGCUGUGCACUUCACGGAGACGGAGUGGGCCCUUCUGGGCGAGGGGCAGCGGGAGCUCUACCGAGACACCAUGCUGGAGAACUACGGGAACGUGGCCUCUCUGGGGAUUCCCACUCACAAGCCCGACUUCAUCUCCCGCCUGGAGCGACGGGAGGAGCCCUGGGUCCCCGCUGCCCAGGGCCCGGAGGAGCUGCAGACCCUGAGAGGUGCCUACGCAGCUGGGAGUCCCACCUGGAGGGAGCACGAAGCCGCGGGCACCCCCUGGAGCUGCGCAGAGAGGAAGCCUGUUCGUGCACUGGCUGGGGGGCACGUCGCAGCGGAUGUCACGUCAGAGGCACCCCGCCGGAUAGAAACCAGCAGGGCUGUGGCAUCACAGGGCAUUCGAGGCAGGUGGUCAGCCGUAAACGGAAACAGCCCAUUCCUGGAAGGAUUCAUUGCUUAGGAAUCAUGCAACGGGAGGCAUUGGUGGGAAUCGGAAGGAAAGGAUUCCUGACUCCACCACCGGCCUGCUGGGCACCUUGGGCAAAUCCCUGCCAUGCCCUGCCUCAGUUUCCCCAGCAGGAAAAUGGCGAUAACGUUACCGACCUUUGUAAAACACGUCUGAAGCCUAGUGAUGAAAAGUGCUUGAUGAGAGCUGGGUCUUAUUUCAUUUCAUGAUUAAGGAGCAGCAUGUAGGGCUAUUGAUCAUUGCAUGGGGCAAGUGAUCAGGGCUUGAUUACAUUUGUCAUGCACCAACAGAAUAAUGUCCAAACGCGUAUCGUUAUCUCCACGCUUGGCGCUUCAAAGGGGCCAGCUCAGCAAAGUGGAAACCAGUUUUGAGCCAAGUGAGCUGGGAGAAAGGAUUUAAUCAGGGAAUUGGGAAUGGUUCUUUGGAUAAGAACGUUGUACGAGAGGCCCAAAACCCCACAUUCCCCGAGCAAGAAAGAAGGCUAUCACAAGUGCAAGAGAAAAACAACAACUUGGUUAGAGGGGAAGCGAAAGCAGCUAUUAAAAAAACCCCUUAAUAGCUAACAUCUGGGGGAAAUAAGAAUUAGAUGCUAAGAAUUGUAGAAAAUAGCUAAAGGAAGCAAAAGGACGCAAGGAGAUUAUCUACGACCAGCAAAGUUAAGGACAAUAAAGAACACAUUUUAGGAGUAUUCAGAACAAAAGGAAGUCGAAUGAUGGUAUUUAUCCAUUGUGAGGUGGAAAUGGGAGAGCUGAGACUAAUCACCUAGAAGAGGCAGAAGUGUUCAAUAAACAUUUCUGUUCUACAUGUGGGGAACAGCCAGAUAAUGUAGCCAUGUUUUAUGAUGACAAGAAAUACUGCUUGUUCCAGCAGUGACUAAGGAGGAUGUGAACUGCAGCUACUUUUAAAGCAGCAGCUCCAGAUAGCUUGCAUCCAAGAGUUUUAAAAGAGCUGGCCAAGGAGCCAGCUUGCCCAUUAAUUCUGAUAUUUGAUGAGUCUUACUAAUGGGGGAUGUUCCAGAGGCCUAAUGUUGUGCCAGCAUUUUAAAAGGUUGAUGGGAUGAGCUAGGGGACUACCAGACUGACAUUGGCAUAGGUGUAUAGAAACCAGAGCACCUCAAACGAAAUAAAUAAAGAUAUACCUAU